CUGACUGUAGCCACACGUCACUUGUGAACUCUGCGAGGUUUGCUCCCCUUCUCCCCGUCUGUCCUGCAUCCAUGCCCGCCGUGUGAGCCCGCUCUGCCCGGUAAUAUUCUGCUCUUUCACCGGAUCUCAGAGCUGUGGAAUGAGUUUUAUUUCCAACUUGAGACGCACCUUGACGAAAAAGGACCACAAAACGGAUGCCAGCAAUGCAAAGGACAUCCUCGACGGCCCGGGGUCCCCAAACCAGUUGUCAGUCGUAAACAGUCCAGAAAUGGAUCCCAUCAUCACAGACUUCAGGUUACAGCUUUCGAAAAACAAAGGUGCUCCGCAAUCAACAAAUCCAUCAAAUGGGUGCUCGCGAUCAGACCUGUCGCUGGCUCUGGAGGACUGCAUGGUCGCCCUGGAUCUGUUCCUCAGAAACGAGUUUGAGCAGGCACAGGCUCGGCUUAAAUCCAGAACCAAAGACAGCAUGUAUCACGCUCUGACCUAUGCCACCAUCCUGGAGAUGCAGGCCAUGAUGACCUUUGACCCCCAACACAUCCUGACUGCGGGAAACACCAUGAAAGAGGCUCAGGCCGUCUGUCAGCGGUACCGCAAGAAGUCGAGCUUCUCCAAGAACUUCACAGAGGAGGAGCUUCAUGCUGAGGUUUGCUACGCUGAGUGUCUCCUGCAGAGGGCAGCACUCACCUUCCUUCAGGAUGAAACCAUGAUCAGUUUCAUCAAAGGGGGAAUCAAAGUCAGGAACAGCUACCAGACAUACAAAGAGCUUCACACGAUCCUCCAGUCUCCUGGAUACUCUCGGGGGGAAAACCACUGCCAUUUUGAGGGUGGUGUUAAACUGGGAGUCGGAGCCUUUAAUCUAAUGAUUUCCAUGUUGCCCAUGCGGACGCUCAAGCUGCUGGAGUUUGUCGGCUUCACUGGUAACAAGGAGUUCGGUCUUCAGCAGCUUGUGGAGGGCUCGGUAGGAAGCACAUUCCGGUCCUUUCUUUGCAACAUGCUGCUGCUCUGCUAUCACACCUUCAUGAGCUUCAUCCUCGGCACUGGAGAAGGAGACGUUGAAGAUGCAGAGAAACUGCUGCAACCAUAUCUCGAAAAAUAUCCCACGGGAUCCAUCUUCUUGUUCUUCGCUGGUCGAAUAGAAGAGAUCAAAGGCAACUUGGAUGCUGCUAUCAAGCGUUUUGAGGAGUGCUGCGAGGUCCAGCAGCAGUGGAAGCAGUUCCACCACAUGUGUUACUGGGAGCUGAUGUGGUGCUUCACAUACAAGAGGCACUGGAAGAUGGCCUACUUCUACGCUGACCUGCUGAGCAAGGAGAACACUUGGUCCAAGGCUACUUAUGCGUAUAUGAAAGCGGCAUACCUCAGUAUGCUGACUCCGGAUGACUGCCUCACCUUCGGGGAGACUGCGCUCACUCUGUUCAGGCAGGUCCCAGGGCUGAAGCAGAAGAUAGCGGGGAAAUCUUUACCAACUGAGAAGUUUGCUAUCAGGAAAGCCCGUCGCUACCUUGCAGAAAAUCCAAUUGCUCUUCCCGCUCCUCCACUGGAGAUGAUGUACAUAUGGAACGGCUACACAGUCAUUGGGAAACACAAAGACCUGACCGAAGACAUGCUGAAGACACUGGGCGAGGAACAAGUUAAACUGGACAGCACCCCAAGGUCUGAGUUCACCGUAGACGACCAGUGUCUGCUGAGCCUCUUGAAGGGACUGUGUCUCAAACACCUGGGGCGUCAAGAGGAAGCCGAGCAAUACUUUACCCUCGUGCUCUGCAAUGAGUCUCAGAUCAAGUACGACCACUACCUGGUUCCCAAUGCCCUGCUGGAGCAUGGCCUGCUGUGUCUGGAGCAAGGCAGGAAAGCUGAAGCUAUCAACCUCUUAGAAACCGCAAUGCAAAAUUACAAGCACUACUCGAUGGAAUCCCGGACACACUUCCGUAUUCAAGCUGCUCUGCACAAGGCCAAGGACGUGGGGGAGAAUGGCAUCCAUUCUCCCACCAGCCCUUAACAGACUGAGAAGGGCACACUAGAGCAGCUACUCUGACUAUAGUCCUACAAUGUUACACUCAGGCCAACCCAUGGGCGGGUGAUUUUUAUUUAUUUAUUAUCAGAGGGGUAGGGGAAGAUGGAUGCUUGUUUUCCUCAUGUGUGCUGCCCUUUUGGGGGACUGCAGCCCUGACUGAAUAAGACAGGUUUGAUACUCCCUUUCCCAGAGAUAUAUAUUAUGAUGAGAAAAGUGCCUAUAUUAAUGAAACAUUACUUAUAGCAGGCUUGUUUGUCUUGCACAGUGCCCUUGUUUGUCUUGCACAGUGCCCACCCGUAAGGGGCACACACGGGUAGGAAACAAACUUACCAUGUGUGUAGUUUAUCCUGCAUAUUGCCUCCACGACUACCCCUGGAUAAAACGUGCCCAGUUCAGGGUGGUGUCCCAAAUACCCCCCAAAUAAAUUACCGACACUAACUCCACCUGGCCAGCAGCACCUGGUUGGUACAAAGCUCUCCCACCUCUUUUAAUUUAAAUCAAAGAUUAUUGAUGAAAUGACUUGAGUAGUUGUGUUUGACAUCAGGUACAUAUCAUAUCAUAUCAUCAAAGUCACCACAGGGUCCAUGAGGACUAUGAGACUGUUUUGUAUUGUGGAACAUUUGAAAGGUUUAUUUAGAUAUUUGAUCAAAACCAGGAGGACCUAAAUUGAUUAACAUUAUUUAUAUGUUGGAUUCACUUUUACACAUACGAUGUGGUACCCUGUGUUUCUCAUAGCAAGUGAAAAUGUUAUUGUAUGUUUUACAUUUUUUCCUUUCCUUGAAACCUAUUGAAAUAUUGAAGACACACAUUUCGUCAUGUGGAAUGCUCUCUUUCCGUCUCCUUCUGAAGAAAUAAUGAAAUCUGCAAUCCUGUUAUAUGUAAUGGCUUUUGCACAGAGCUUUGUAAAUCAGCCAGCCAUGCAAACGCUCCAGAGUUAAAGCAUCAGAGUUGCAGUGAGAGAUGUUCUUUACAUUUAUAUACUGUAAAUGGCACAUUUUCCGCAAAUUGUCCCGUUUUAAGAGGACAGAAGAAUGUGUCCUUUAGAAAGCCAGACUCCCUCCUUUUCUCCUCCUGGCUUGUGGGACAGGCUCCAACAGUACUUGAGCUUGAACAAAAAGGCCAUUCAUGCCGAGCAGCGAAGGACUGCGUGCUUGUCCGCCUGUUGCAUCUUUUGUGAGUGAAGAAGCUCUGAACGGGAACCCCCAAAGUCUUCCUGUUUGUGGAUGUCCUCUGCUGCUCCUCUAUCUAUCUGCCAUGCUUGACUACAAACACCUAGCGACAUGGACAUCAUAAUUACGCUCAAAUAAUAAUCUGUAUAUGAACAAACAAUUGUCAUGAUUGAUGAUAAGACAGAAAGGGGUCACUUCUCAUCAUGUUGGUGGCAAGGUUAUUUGAAAGGCUGUGUUUCAGCAACAGUGUCCAAAACCUGGAAACUCAGAUGGUGUCUCAAGUGUUGGAAUAAGAGCACUGCUGAUUUAUUCAUGAUUAGAUCAAGGUUUAGGAUUCAAGACAAAAAGUCAGUUUGAUUUUUUUUAAUGGUGAAGGAAAUGUACUUUCAAUAUAGUUUUAUCAACUCUCCGAACUAUAUUGGGAACAAAUUAUAUUUAAAUGACUGCAAAUUGAUUCAAAUUAUUUUUCUUUAUUCUAUUUAGUUUUGUAGAUAUAGCUGAAAUAAACUAACCCAAUUUAGUGGCAUUGGGAUGUUUACGAUCAGUUUGUAUCGGGCAUGACAACUACUGAGAAGAAUAACAUUCUUGUACAUACUGAUAUUUCUAUUGUAAUUUAAGAUGACAUGAUAAGUAACUAAAAAACACAACCCAUU